ACAGAAGUAGCUACUAGCGAAAAAGGGGUUCUACAAGGGUUUAAGUUGAACGAUUGAGGUCGCCGAAUCCAGAAGAAUAUCAUAACCACUGUCGGCCGAGCUUCACUAGAUCUAUUGCCGAUGAUGAGAAGGGUUUCAUCCAAAUCCCUCUCUAUCUCGCGCCAUUUCAUUGCUUCGACUGCAUCAAUCGAACCAAAUACAAACCGUUCAAUCGCCCCCCUUUUCAAAACCAACAACAACCAUGCUUUAUUCUCUUCCAAGAUCAACAUCCUUCACCUUUUCAGCACCGCUACAUCUAAUUCCACACCAGCUGAGAAAUCCUCCGAGUCAAUUAAGACGGCGGAAGACAUGCUCAGAUCAGUCAAGAACAUGGAAGCCGGUUUUGGCGAAACAGAACUAGGAUUGGCUUGCCUCAACGUCGGAAUCAAACUUGACCAAGACGGUGAGAACCCAGAAAAGAUUUUUCCUUACGCUUGUCGAGCUUUAGAUGUAUUUGAUAAAGAUUCUAAUCCAUCUUUGUAUCUUGCCAUGACUCUUCAAUUACUUGGUUCUGUUUCUUAUAACUUAAACAAGUUUGAUGAUAGUUUAGUGUAUCUUCAUAGAGCUGAGAAUGUGUUGGUUAAAUUAGAGAAGGAAAACUCAUCUAGUCUUGAUGAAAUUAGACCUAUUCUUUGUAAUUUACUUGUUGAUCUUGCUAAGACAAAGACAGCCAUGGGAAGGAGAGAAGAAGCUAUUAUCAAUCUCAGAAAGUGUUUGGAGAUUAAAGAAACAGCUUUAGGGAAAGACAAUAAAGAACUGGGUGAUGACAAUAUGGAGUUAGCCCAGGCAUACAAUGCUGUGUUGAACUUUGAUGAAGCACUUCCAUUUUGUCUAAAAGCAUUGGAUAUUCACAAGGCACAGUUUGGUCACGAUUCAAUUGAAGUCGCAGACGCCAGGCGGGUGUUGGGCGAGAUUUAUACAGGAUUGGAGCAACACGAAAAGGCAUUGGAGGAGAUUGUAUCGGCAAAACUGUUGCUAAAGAGUUUGGGUCUCGAUUCUGACAUGCUGAGAGCUGAAAUAGCUUCUGCAAACACUCUAAUCGCAUUGGGUAGGUUUCAGGAGGCUGUCGAUACUCUGAAAAGUGUCGCCAAAUGUACAGAUAAGGAAAGCGAUGAUCGAGCGAUUGUAUACGUUUCCAUGGCGAAAGCAUUGUUUCAUCUUGAUAAACUAGACGAUUCGAAGAAAUGUUUAGAGAUAGCCCGAUUAAUCCUCGACGAGAAAAACGCGAUCCCUUCUGAAGAAGCUGUGGAAGCGUAUAUGGAAAUAUCGAUGCAAUACGAGACGAUGGGCGAGUUAGAUUCCUCUGUUUUAUUGCUUAAGAAAACUCUGGAAUUAAUUGUGAACCUUCCUGAAUUGCAGCACUUAGAAGGAAGCAUUUCAGCGCGAAUUGGGUGGUUGCAUCUAUCAAUUGGUCAAGCUGAGAAAGCGGUUGUAUACUUAGAGAACGCGACUGAAAGGCUAAAGAUUAACUUCGGGUCGAAUCAUUUUGGGGUGGGAUAUGUUUACAAUAAUCUGGGCUCUGCUUAUAUGGAUCUAGAUAAGCCUCAAUUAGCUGCAGACAGCUUUAUCCAAGCCAAGAAGAUUAUGGAGGUUUCUCUUGGCCGUGUUCAUGAAGAUACAAUUGGAACUUGUCGAAAUCUCGUGAAAGCAUAUGAAGCUAUGAAAAGCUAUUCUCUUGCAAUUGAAUUGCAAGAGCAGGUUAUUGAAGAUUGGAAAACACAUGGCUUGAGUACAGAGGAUGAUGAACUAAAAGAAGCUAAUUUAUUUCUUGAACAGCUGAAGAAGGGGGCGUUGAAUCAAUAGUGUGAUUUUUUCGUCGCUUAAAUAUUGUAACUCGGUUUCAGGGGUGAAGUAGUGAAACUUUAAGGAAUCGGAUGAAUUGAGAAUCAAGUCAGUUUCGAGUCGGUUUGACAUUGUUCUUCGAGGUGGUUUUUUGGCAAAAUAUUUUUUAAACUUUCAACUAUUGGUUGCUUAUUUAAGAAUGUUUAUGUUGUCAUUUGUUUCCACCACUUAUAAAAAAAAAAUCAUUUUUCAUCAAUU